AUGCCCAACUCGCGAUGUGCCGCUGUAAACGGAAGAUUGUUCCUUGGCCUUGCGGCUGAUUCAACUGUUUGUGUUGUCCACACUAAGUGGAAUAUUCCACGACAUCAUCACUCUAUUCAGAAUGGAACGCCAUGCAGCAAGUCCAUGAAUCUGCACUGUCUGCCAGCCAAAAUAGACGGCGAUGGCGAGCCAAAUGUGGAGGACUACCUUAACCGAAUUUGCGACUACCUUAACCAUUUGCGCGGAUAUCCUUUGACGGGGGAUAAGCUCAAAGUGCCAGAAGGAUAUCGUGGACUAGUUAUCCAGGAAACAGAGAAGACCAUCAACGAAUCGUCCGACAGACAGCUGCGUCUCACGGGAGUUUGCGAAGAGUUUACCUACUGGAACUACGAUAAGGUGCCCUCAAAUGGCGAUGUCUACCGACAGGGGCUUCUUCUGGCGGGUGUGGCCCAGGCUCUCUUAAAACACAUCAGUGAGCAGGAUCUAGAAGCAGAAAUAGCAAGGAAUAAAGGGGGACCGCCAUAAUUCUUAUGCGCGCAAUCCCUUGGAUAAAAGGUCUCUGCGCAGAAAGCAGAACUUUUUGCAUGAUCAUUAGAAAUCCAUAAACUAGACCGGUAGAUGCUCGUCGAAAAGCCAAAACAGUGAACCAAGCGCCAACCAAAAGCCUGCAAAAACAAAAGUGUGUGCAAAACAACG